AGGAGGGACCAGUCCCAUAUAGCGCUUCCCUGGUCCUGGUCAGGAACUGUUCUCUAAGCGGCUCAGUGUCUGUAGGAAUUGCGUAAUGGCGCAAGGGGGCAGGGCUAGCGCUGUAUGGCUACGCCCAACCUGUUACCAAGCCAGCUAGUCCUACAGACCAGGCUCAAAGUGACUGCUGGAAAUGCGUAACGUGCAAGGGCUGGGGUCAGCACGUCUGGCGGCUGCGUCCGAGAAGCUUCUGCUUUGGGAGGGGGCUGAACUGACUCCGGGAGUACAUUAGACCACGUGACCUAAAGUGGCGCCUCGAUGGGGGGGCGGGGGAAAAGGCGGAGCCCUAGUUGGAAUAGACAGAGCUCUGAGAGGCGGAGCGUGCGCAGGACAGCCCUAGGAAGCACACUUUGCGGGCUGUGGGCAUGCUCCGCUGGGCGCGAGCGUGGAGGGUCCCCCGUGGGGUACACGGUGCCUCCUCUCCCAGGCGUUUGGCGGUUCCUGUCACGUUCUGUAGCAGCCGCAGUAGUGGCCAAGAAAACGCCGAUCUGAGGCCGCUGCCGCUGUCUUAUAAUCUUCUAGAUGGAGACGCGACACUCCCAGCCAUCGUCUUUUUGCAUGGGCUCUUCGGCAGCAAAACCAACUUCAACUCCCUUGCCAAGGCGAUGGUUCAGAGGACUGGCCGGAGGGUACUGACGGUGGAUGCCCGGAACCACGGUGACAGCCCCCACAGUCCAGAUGCAAGCUAUGAGGCCAUGAGUCAGGACCUUCAGGGCCUGCUCCCACAGCUGGGUCUGGUGCCCUGUGUCCUCGUUGGCCACAGCAUGGGAGGAAAGACAGCCAUGCUCCUGGCAUUGCAGAGGCCAGAUGUUGUGGAACGAUUGGUUGUUGUAGACAUAAGCCCGGUAGGAACCACACCUGGAUCACACAUUGGAGCCUUCAUAGCAGCCAUGAAGGCUGUUGAGAUCCCAGAGAAGGUGCCGCACUCCCAAGCCCGAAAACUGGCAGAUAAGCAGCUUAGUUCGGUUGUCAAGGAAGCGGGCAUUCGGCAGUUCCUGCUCACUAACCUGGUGGAGGUGGGUGGGCGAUUCUCCUGGAGAGUGAACUUGGAUACUUUAGCUCAGCACUUGGACAAGAUUCUGACCUUUCCUCAGCAACUUGAACCCUACUCGGGGCCAACUCUCUUCCUGCGUGGUGGAAAUUCUACAUAUGUACAACCUAGCCACCACUCAGAGAUUAGGCGACUCUUCCCUCAAGCCCAGAUUCAGACCGUGCCUAACGCUGGCCACUGGGUCCACAGCGACAAACCCCAAGACUUCAUGGAUGCUGUCACCAGCUUCUUGGCUUAAGAAGUAGCUCCUUGGAAGAGCAGCCAGGGGACUCUAGGUUUGGGAUCUGUGCCAUCUUGCUUCUGCACCGAAAAACUCAGGGGCACGGAGAGGGUCCAGGAGUACAGAAGUGGCCCAACACUUUAAUGAAUAAAGACAGUUUCCCUUUAA